AUGGGUGGGACACCAUGUAAAGCCACACCAAAUAGUAACAAAACAAUUACAAUAGCAGUUCUCGGACUAGAUAACGCUGGAAAAACUACUACAACACGAGUAUUAGAAAAAUCACCAGUUGAUUCUGUAACACCAACCGUUGGUUUUUCUCAAACGGAAAUUACACAUAAGAACGAAAAGAUCAAACUGAUUGAUCUUGGUGGUGCACAAACUUUUCGCGAAGCUUGGCGACAUUAUUAUGACGAUGCUUACGGUUUUGUUUACGUGCUUGAUUCAAGUGAAGAAGAACGUCUUCCUGAAAAUCGUGAAGUUUUAAAAAGACUUUUACAAGAAGAAAAAGUGAAAGGCAAACCAAUUCUCAUUCUAGCCAAUAAGCAAGAUAAAGCAGAAGCUUUGAAUAAAGCUGCAAUUCUUGAAGAUUUAAAGAUCGAACGUCUUGUUAAUGAAAACCAAACAUUAUGUCGAGUGGAAUUGUGCACAGCAACAGCAUUAAGUCGCAAUGGCAAAAAUCCGAAGAUGGACGAAACUAUCCGACAUGGUUUUGACUGGCUAAUUAAGACUAUAUAUGAAAGCUAUGAUACGAUACAUAGACGUGUGGAAGCUGAUGUUCAAAAACGUAAAGAAAAGGAGCAGAAGGAAAAGCAUGAACGAAUGGAACGAAUAAAAAAAUUACGCGAAGAACGAGAAAAGGAAGGAGGAGAAGAAGAAGCGGAAAAUGAAGAGGAUACAAUCAAGAAUGGCUUUGUUCCUAUUAAUCAAGCCGUCAAAAAUGCAGAAAAGAAUUCUUCAGAAAAACCAUCGAAAGAUAAAUCAAGCCAUAAAUCAUCGAAAUCAAAUCUUACUGACGAAAAUACUCAAAUCCCACCUAAACCAGCACCACGAUCUAUUUCUCACAAUCGAAUAUCCAAUUCCGACGACAACAUCGAUGAUCAUGAUCGUCCUAGACGACACAGUACUGAUCUCCUAUCACAAAGAAAAGAAUCACCUGUUCCCGCGAAUCAUGAUGAUGAUGAACGAGUAAAUUCUCCAGAUAGUCAAACAGAAAAUCGACCAUUACCUGGAAAGAAGAAGAAAGUUAUCGGACCCGGUCGACAACGUUCCCAAGGUGAUAAUCUUCCACCAGUAGCUCCAUCAGCAGCUUCCCGUCGUGAGGAUAUUCCUCAACAUAAAGGACCACCUGUGGGUACACCACGACCACAACCGUUAGUUGCUCAAUGGGCAAUAACAAGUCCAACUCCACAAUAUCCAGUAGAAAAAUUAACAACAAUUACGAGUGACAAUGAAAAUGACAAUGAUGAAAAAUCCAAAUCAACUAAAAAACGUUCUACGUCAAAUCAAAGGCAUUCAAAUGGUCACCUAUCUCGCGAAUCAUCAGAACGACAAAAGUCAAGUUCGAGAUUAAGUAACCAUACUGAUGAAAACGAUGAAUCCGAUGGAAUAUCAAGAAAGACUAGCUCGAAACGUCAUCACAAUAGAAAUCAUGACGCUGAUUCCGAUCGCCAAGAGCAACCAUCAGUGCGUAAAUCCACCAGCAAUCAUAAUUCAACACAUCGAUCACAUUCGAAAAGCAACGGGUUCGUUGACGAUGAUGCUGAACAAUACACAUGA